AUGGAGCCAGCUGACUGUAGGGUAUUCAGCCAGACGAUGAUUUGCCGCUUUGAGGCUCUACAGCUGCGCUUUUAAAACCUGUGCAAGCUGAAACCACUACUGCAGCGCUGGCUCAACGAAGCCAAGAAUGCUGACCACCCCAAAGAGAGGGUUCUGGUCCCAGCCCAUAAGCGGAAACACCGGACCAGCAUCCAGAAUAGCAUCAAGGGCAGCCUGGAGAGCCUCUUCUGCCGCUGUGGCAAACCCAGCCCCCAACAGAUCUGCGACAUCGCUCAGGACCUGCAACUCGACAAGGAUGUGGUCCGGGUCUCAUUUGGUAACUGGCGGCAGAAGGGCAAGCGGCUUCUGUUGCCCAUCAGUGCAGAAGGGAGCAGGCCCCAAUUAGAGGGGGCUCUCAAGGCCCCCCUGGUCCUGGCAGUGGCAACCUCUUCCCAAGGCUAUGGCACCCCUUUUCCCGCCCCUCCAGCCCUCUACUUGCCCGCUUUCCCCCUGGCCCUGGCACUGGCUCCUGUCCUCCCCAUGGGCCACGGGGGCCACGGCAUCUGCUGA